GCUACUAUCCCAGCUUUACCCUCGAGGUAGUCAGAGGUUUUGAGGCGAUGAAUGAGUGUGGGCGGAAUGUGUUUGGACAAGACGUUUGUCCCUCCACUACUUUCGCCUUGUGUUUGUCCUAGUAGUCAUAUACACAGCUUCUUAUACAGCUGCUACGUCACUAGAGAAUGUAUACAGCACGCCUCCGCAGCGCUUUACCGCUCCCCGGCACAUGACGUCAUCGCGAUGUUGGAUCACAUGAUCACUAUCCGUCCGAUGUUGAGUAGUGUUUGUCACGGUAGCCGCACAUGACAGGGGGAAGAGUUUCCGGGCGGACUUUGUGCUCUUGGAUUUUUCUUCCCCCUGCAGCUUAUGAGCCGGUGACACAAGAACCUGAGUCUCGGAGGACACGGAGUGACCGACUCUAUGCCUCAUGCAGUCCUUACUUCGCUUGCCAGCCACUGGGACUCUCCCGGCCUCUUCACUGCGGAGGGUCAGAUGUCUGUUCAAUCAGCUACUAAAUUAUCGUGGUAUUACCCCACAACCAGUCCUUCUCCGGGGCCACACCACAUCUUCAGAUGACACAGUUAACAUUGGAGAUGUAUCCUAUAAAGUAAAAACACCAAGAAACCCUGAAUUGGUACCCCAGAGUUAUAUUUCUGAUUCUCUGAGCCAGUCCGUUAUACAACACCUUAGAUGGAUUAUGCAAAAGGACCUACUAGGACAAGAUAUCUUCCUCAUUGGCCCCCCAGGUCCACUUCGAAGAUCUAUAGCUAUGCAAUAUUUGGAGCUGACUAAGCGAGAGGUUGAAUAUAUUUCUCUCUCUAGAGACACUACUGAAUCUGAUCUCAAGCAGAGAAGGGAGAUACGAUCUGGAACUGCAUUUUACAUUGAUCAGUGUGCUGUUCGUGCCGCCACAGAGGGAAGAAUUUUGGUUUUGGAAGGAUUGGAAAAGGCAGAAAGGAAUGUCUUACCAGUUUUGAAUAAUUUGCUGGAGAACAGGGAGAUGCAGCUGGAAGACGGACGAUUUCUUCUGUCUGCUGAACGUUAUGACAAACUGCUUCAGGAACACAGUAAAGAAGAACUGGACGCAUGGAAGAUUGUUCGUGUCAGUGAAGAUUUUCGAGUGAUUGCCUUGGGGCUGCCAGUCCCAAAAUACACUGGCAACCCUCUUGAUCCACCACUGCGCUCCAGAUUUCAAGCCAGAGAUAUUUAUCACCUGCCAUUUAAGGAUCAUCUGCAGCUACUAUAUUCAGUUGGACCAAAUGUUCCAGCUGAGAGAAUUUCUCAGCUCCUUUCCUUUGCCACAACUCUGUGCUCACUUGAAUCUGCCACCCUUGGGCUUCCAGACUUCCCAGCAGACAAUUUGGCAGCAGCCAUUGGCAUUUUGAAUGUAUUCCCCAUGAUGUCGUCCCAGAAAGUUAUACAGAGACUAUAUCCUUAUACUGUUAUUUUGGGGAAAGAAGGAAGAACUGCUGUAGAAGACACAUUAAAGAGAUUUGAGCUGCUGGAUGCAGAAAGGUCUCCUGUUUCCAUGAAAGUUGUAAAAGUGGAACCAGUUCAGAAUGCCAAUAGCCCCUUGGCUUUAGUUCACUUACAGACUAGUGACAAGAACUUCACAAUACAGGUGGCAGCAGGUACACAGCCAGUUCAACUACAUUCCAGUUCAUCCCAGUUUAUUAGAACCAGUACACAUGAUCAGCUAUUGGCCGAGAUGGUGCAGUCCCAUAUGGUAAAAGACAUGUGCCUGAUUGGAGGAAAGGGGUGUGGUAAAACGGUCAUUGCUAAAGAAUUUGCAGAUAUGCUUGGUUACGAGGUUGAACCAGUAAUGUUGUACCAGGACAUGACAGCCAGGGAUUUGCUGCAGCAGAGAUACACACUUCCAAAUGGGGACACUGCCUGGAGACAAUCUCCUCUUGUCAUGGCGGCAUUAGAAGGGAAGCUUGUAAUCCUUGAUGGUAUCCAUCGUGUCAACCCUGGAACACUAGCCAUUCUUCAAAGGUUAAUUCAUGACAGAGAGUUGACUUUGUAUGAUGGUACUAGGCUACUUAGAGAAGAUCGGUAUCAGUAUUUAAAGAAUGAGUUACAGCUGUCAGAUGCUGAGCUCCAAGAAAGGUCCAUUUUUCCUAUACAUCCUUCCUUCAGGAUAGCUGCCUUGGCAGAACCACCAGUUAUUGGCAGUAAUACUCAGCAGUGGUUGGGUCCAGAGCUUCUCACCAUGUUUCUGUUUCACAAUGUUAAACCAUCCAGUAGACAAGAGGAGGUUCAGAUAAUGAGGGAGAUGGUCCCAAAUGUCCCAAAGGAAGCAGUGGAUCAACUAUUGACAUUAACACAAAAGCUUCGUGAUACAAAAGACCCCACGACACAAUCUUUAGCUUCAUCAUUAUCUACAAGACAGCUACUUCGGAUCUGCAGACGGUUGGCUCAAUAUCCAGAUGAAAGUCUUCAUCAUGUUGUUAAUAAGGCAUGUCUCUCAAGAUUUUUGCCAAGUCUGGCUCGAUCAUCUUUACACAAAGCUUUGAUGGAUUCAGGGAUAGAGGAAACUAGUUCAGACAUGGAAACCCUUGAAAACAAAGAUUACAGCUGUGAAAUAACAUCCGGGAUACUGAGACUUGGCAGUGUUACUGUACCAGUGUUUAAUCCUGAUGAGAAGAUGAAAGUGCCUGAUGUCCUGUUCUAUGAAAAUGCACAGCAUCUGAGGGUUAUGGAAGACAUGUUAAAAGAUUUCCUGCUUGGAGAACACCUCUUGCUUGUUGGAAAUCAGGGUGUUGGCAAGAACAAGAUAGUGGACAGAUUUCUGCACUUGCUAAACCGACCAAGGGAGUAUUUGCAACUCCACAGGGACACAACUGUGCAGAGUCUCACAUUGCAGCCAUCUGUGAAGGAGGGUAUAAUAGUAUACGAAGAUUCACCCCUGGUUAAAGCUGUUAAAAAGGGUCAUAUACUCAUUAUUGAUGAGGCAGACAAAGCCCCCACUAAUGUCACGUGUAUUCUAAAAACCUUAGUAGAGAGUGGUGAAAUGAUUCUAUCAGAUGGAAGGAGACUUGUGGCCAAUCCAUCAGAACACAUGAGAAAAGAUAAUGUGAUUGCCAUUCAUCCGGAUUUCAGAAUGAUAGUGUUGGCUAACAGACCUGGGUUUCCAUUCCUGGGAAAUGAUUUCUUUAGUGCUUUAGGGGAUAUCUUCAGUUGCCAUGCAGUGGAUAAUCCUGUUCCCCAGUCAGAACUUGCUAUGCUAAGGCAAUAUGGUCCUAAUGUGCCUGAUGCUAUAUUACAAAAACUUGUAGCUGCCUUUGGAGAGCUUAGGAGCAUGGCUGACCAAGGAAUUAUCUCAUAUCCUUAUUCAACAAGAGAAGUUGUUAAUAUUGUAAAACACUUAGAGAAAUUUCCCAAUGAAGGACUGGCAAAUGUUGUCCGCAAUGUGUUUGACUUCGAUUCCUACAACCAAGAAAUGCAGGAAAUCUUGAUCAACUCCUUACAUAAACACGGGAUCCCAAUAGGAGCCAAACCAUCCAGUGUCCAGCUUGCUAAGGAGUUGCCACUCCCAGAUGUUAGUUUUGUUGGCCACUGGACCAUGAACCAGACUGGAAAUGCUCGCCGAAAGCUUUUGUGUCCAACAGAAACGCAUCAGCUUUUUAUAAAGGGUCCAGUGUAUAUAAAUGUACAGGCCUUUUCAUUAGAGCGUUAUGAGUCGCGGUCACUGAGUUUCACUGAAGAAAUGGCUCAUUGGAGCAUUCCUAUAAGUGAAGUAAAUAUCGUGUGUGAUGUCAUUGCCUCUUCAGAUAAUGAUGCAGACAGUACAGUGUAUGUGGUUACCUGCAAUCCAGUGUCAUUGUACUUUAUGAAGACUAAUGACGAUAAAGGAUUCUAUGUGGAUUUAUAUGACAUAUUCCCCAGAACUGUGGGAGGUGUAUGGCAGCCAUCUGUGAGUGUAGCACCUUUGGGUCAUUCACUGACUGGGCAGGUUAUUCUACAUGAAGUACAGAGUAAUGUCAUUCUUUUAUUGGACACCAAAAGUGGAGAACUGCGUCGUAUUGUGCUAUCACAGCAAGAUGCAGAAGCUCCAAAAAAAUCAUCCUGGUGGGGUAGUAAAGAGGCACAAGAAAGCUACAGAAUGUGUAGAGAAUUUUCACACAAGAAUUGGCUGGUGUUCUUUAAGGAAAACGGUAACUCCAUCAAUGUGCUGGAUGUUCUAGAGGGAACUACACGAGAAAUUUCCUUACCAAUCAAUCUGAAAGCUAUGUUCUUAGUUGCAGAAGAUAAGUGGCUCUUAGUUGAGGAUAAGACCAAUAAGAAAUUUCUCCUGACUACACCCUUGCAUAUGGAAUCGGAAGACAAUGGUGUGUGCCAGUUGCAUGCCCUUGAAGAGGAGGCUGCAAGUGCUGGCUUUGGUGUUUCAACAGGUUUGGAACCCUGCAGUCUGCAAAUCAUUUCCAGUGAUCAGCUGCCCCCUGAGAACCUGAGUGCAGCGAUUGGCCAGAAGAUUACCUCUCCAAAUAGGAUCCUUUCUGAUGAAAAUAGCUAUGCAUCAAUAGUAGUAGGAUUUCCUGACCUAAUGUCUCCUAGUGAAGUUUAUAGCUGGAAGAGAAAACAUCCUUUGGGCAAUCAAGCAGGUUCCCCCACAGAUCCUUUUUUCCAGCCAACCAAAUUUACAAACCUUAGAAGACCCAAUUGUGCAAAUUUAUUAGUGGCUAACCAGGUGGUCAGAGCUGUGCCUUCUGCAGAGGUGCCAUUAAAAGAAAUUUAUCCCAAAGAUAUUCUUCCUCCAAAUUCAUCUUCAUACUUAGAAGUGACCGAUCUUAAUUCCAAGAAACUAAAGUAUAUUCCAGUUCCAAGAGCCUUGUCUGUGUCCCCUUAUACAUCGUGGUUGUCUAAAAUAACUGAUAGCGACAUUUUGCUGGCAGCAGUGGGAAACAAAGGAGUUGUUACUGUGGAUAUGGGAGGCAGCGUGAGACUGUGGGAGACUGGACUCGAGAGCAUUCAGCGCUCCUUGCUUGAGUGGAGAAAUAUGAUUGGACAGGACGAUGGGAGACCACUGCAGAUUACUGUGCAGAAAGACAGUGGUUUAGAUGUGAGCUCACCAAAACAUGGAAAGCUGGAUCCAGAUAACAUGCCUCAUGUUGGUGGUAAUACAUGGGCUGGUGGAACAGGUGGCAGAGACACUGCAGGAUUGGGUGGAAAGGGAGGUCCAUAUCGUCUGGAUUCAGGGCACAAAGUCCACCAGGUGUCACAAGCUGAAAAGGAUGCUGUCCCCGAGGAAGUUAAGAGAGCAGCUAGAGAAAUGGCAGAGAAAGCAUUUAAACAAAGGUUGAAGGAAAUUCAAAUGAGUGAAUAUGAUGCUGCCACAUAUGAACGUUUUUCAGGAGCCGUGCGCAGACAAGUACAAUCUCUUCGGGUCAUUCUAGACAGUCUACAGGCAAAGGGUAAGGAAAGGCAAUGGCUUAAACAUCAAGCAAUGGGAGAGCUGGAUGACACCAAAAUCAUUGAUGGUUUGACUGGAGAGAAAGCAAUUUACAAAAGGCGUGGAGAACUUGAGCCUGAACUUGGAAGCCCACAGCAGAAGCCUAAGAGGUUGCGUCUCCUGGUUGAUGUAUCUGGCAGUAUGUAUCGCUUUAAUGGGCUUGAUGGAAGGCUUGAGCGUUCCAUGGAAGCAACGUGCAUGCUGAUGGAAGCCUUUGAGAACUAUGAGCAUAAGUUCAAGUAUGAUGUAUCAGGUCAUUCAGGAGAUGGCUACAGCAUUGAACUGAUCAGAAGUGACAAGAUCCCCAGGAACAAUAAGCAGAGGCUGGAGGUUCUGAAGACCAUGCAUGCUCACUCUCAGUUCUGCAUGAGUGGAGACUACACAUUGGAAGCCACAGAACAUGCUAUUAAGGAGAUCACCAAGGAGGAUGCAGAUGAAUACUUUGUCAUAGUGUUGAGUGAUGCCAACCUAGAACGUUAUGGCAUACCACCAGCAAGAUUUGCUCAGGCUUUAACAAUUAAUCCUCAGGUCAAUGCUUUUGCCAUUUUCAUUGGAUCCUUAGGAGACCAAGCUGAAAGGCUCCAGAGGACACUUCCAGCAGGGAGAUCUUUUGUUGCCAUGGAUACAAAGCAGAUCCCACAGAUCCUGAAACAAAUAUUCACAUCCACCUUGUUGUCAAGUGCUUAGCUGCAUUAUUAGGACUGGUUCUUGUAUAAGAUAUACAGUAAGCCGAGGAGAAAACAUUUACUUAAAAAAAAAACAAAUCUAAGGUAGAUGAUAUUAUUCUAAUAUAAUUUGUAAAUAUAAUAAUGUGAUUCUAGACCUAGUUAUGAUUUUAAUCUGCUCAACACUUCUGUGUUAGAUCACUGCUUCUUCUACUUUUUAAUACGUUUGAAUUGAACAUUUUCUAUCAAAUUCUGCUUAUUCAAUUAUUAAAUUUUAUUAUGAGUAAAGAUAUUACAUAAAAAAAAUGGCUGCUAUAUAUUAAACAUGACUUUGUC